AUGGUUCUUGCUCCAUUCUUUGAGAAGGCUCCAUCCUUGAUCAUUUCCCCAGAUGGAUCUGUUCUUUUUGAGUGUAUCUGCAAUGCCAAUCCCCAGCCAACUAUCAAAUGGUUCUUGAAAGACAAAGAGUUGACUGGCGAUCGCUACGUUUCAAAGAUCAAGAAGAUGGUCGGAAAAUUUACAGUCACAUUGCAUAUCAAGAACCCAACUCAAGCAGAUCAAGGAGUAUACAAAGUCACAGCCACGAACACCCAUGGAUCCCAUUCCGUUGAGCAACAAUACAUUUACAGGUGCACCGGAAAGGAAGUUUUCAAAACUUUGGAUUAA